CCGGUAGCUCAGCUUCAAGUUAAUUGCCGAGCGGGCUGUGGCGCGCGGGGCUGCGGAGCUGCUGCUGCUUCCGUCCGCUCGUCGGUCCGCUCCUCCGUCCACUCCAGCUUCUUUCUGUCUUGGAAGUCACACGCGGCUCUUCCUCCUCCUCAUCCUGAGAGAACCAUGUCCAGGCUCAGCUGGGGCUACUGCGAACACAACGGCCCAGUUCAUUGGAGUGAACUUUUCCCAAUUGCUGAUGGGGAUUAUCAGUCUCCGAUUGAGAUCAAAACCAAAGAAGCGAAAUAUGACUCUUCUCUCCGGCCUCUCAAUAUCAAGUAUGAUCCAACCUCAGCUAAAAUCAUCAGCAAUAGUGGCCAUUCCUUCAGUGUGGACUUUGAUGAUUCAGAAGACAAAUCAGUUCUGAGAGGAGGUCCCCUCACUGGAACCUACAGGCUACGACAAUUUCACCUUCACUGGGGCUCCACCGAUGAUCAUGGCUCUGAGCAUGUAGUAGAUGGAAUGAAAUAUGCAGCAGAGCUCCAUGUGGUUCAUUGGAAUUCAGACAAAUACCCCAGCUUUGUUGAGGCAGCUCAUGAACCUGAUGGAUUGGCUGUUUUAGGUAUUUUUUUACAGAUUGGUGAACAUAAUCUACAACUGCAGAAAAUUACAGAUAAUUUGGACUCCAUUAGGGAAAAGGGUAAACAAAUCCGCUUCACCAAUUUUGACCCAGCAACUCUACUUCCUCCUUCGUGGGACUAUUGGACAUACCCGGGUUCCCUCACUGUUCCACCCCUUUUGGAGAGUGUCACUUGGAUAGUUUUAAAGCAGCCUAUAAGUAUCAGCUCUCAACAGCUAGCCAAAUUCCGAAGUCUCCUGUACACUGCAGAGGGUGAGGCAGCUGCCUUCUUGUUGAGCAACUACCGUCCGCCACAGCCUCUGAAGGGCCGGAAAGUGAGAGCUUCAUUCCGCUAAGAAUAGCUGGGACAGAUGGGACUGUGGAAGGGCCUUCCCUUUACAUUCACCUGCAGUUCUUUGCUUGAACCUUAGUUUGUGGACAAGACUAUUUCAUGACCGGCCCGAAGCCCAGAAUUUAUUCAUGAUGAAAGACCACUUCUCUUGAUCUUUAAGGCAAAAUGUAAUUUGGCCACCCCAGACUGGCGCGAGUUAGCACUCAUACGUUAAAUGUUGUUUGUCUUGUCUCAGACUGUGAAAUACCUUCAUAUCCGUUGGUGAGAAAGUAUCCUAGACAAUGUACCUUGCCAGGGAAGCCACAAUUCUCACUUCUCUUAAGGAAUUUCUAGUUAAAAACUUAGUGUCAUGUCUUUAAAAUGUUAGGAUUUUAUUAGCCCUAACCUCAAUGAGUCUGUUUAGCAAGUUGAGAGUAUUUUAAUUUGUAACCUGUAGGUGCUGUUUCUUUUAAAAAUAAAACCUUUGUCUUAAUUGCUGAUAUAAAUAUUUGGAAUCUUUUUUGUUUUGUUUUGUUUUAUUUUUUGUUUUUGGUGAGGCAAUUGGGGUUAAGUGACUUG